CACCCAAAUUAACAAUGGCGGUUCUCCAAAUCUGUAUCAGUAUUCUAUCUCUCUCUCUCUCUCUCUCUCUCUCUCUGUCUUUAAUUCAUUCUUCUACAUUCAACUUGAAGAACAUUGCCUCCCCGUUUCUACUCCAAUUGCACUCUGACAAAAACAGAACCCCAACUCUGUCUUCACGCUUCCCAAUGCUCCUUUAACCGCCGUAAGAAACAAAAUACAUUUCUCUGUAACUCCAAUUCCUCUUGCCCCACCACUUCUAGCCGUUGCCCAUUCCCUCUUUACUCUUCAUUUUCUAUAAAUACCAUUCCCUCUCCAUUACCCCUUUUCUGCCUCUGCUUUUCCCCCCAUCGCCGGAGCUUCUUCGUCUCCAGUUUCGCCCUCUGUUUUACUCUCUUUAAGGUCCUCUGUCUCUGUUCCAAUGGCGGCGGCAGGAUUUCAAUUUCUAUUAGCGCUCUUAAAUCUGCUGCUGUUGGUACCAGGUGGGUUUUCGACGAGCUUUACUUUUGUGAACAAAUGUGGAUUCACGGUUUGGCCGGGGGUUCUGUCGAACGGCGGUGUUCCACCGCUUCCCACUACAGGUUUCUCUCUUCAGACUGGAGAGUCCAAGACGCUACCAGCGCCGGCGUCUUGGGGCGGGCGUUUCUGGGGGCGAACACUCUGUUCUGAAGAUUCCAACGGAAAAUUCUCCUGCGCUACUGGCGACUGUGGCUCUAACAAACUAGAGUGUGCUGGAAAUGGAGCAACGCCACCGGCGACUCUGGCGGAGUUCACUCUCGACGGCUCCGGCGGGCUUGAUUUCUUCGACGUCAGUCUAGUGGACGGUUACAAUCUUCCGAUGAUGGUGGUGCCUCAGGGUGGUUCCGGCGAUAACUGCACAAGCACUGGCUGCGUGGUAGAUCUAAACGGCGCGUGCCCCUCGGAGCUGCGCGUGACGAGUGCCGACGGGAGAGAAGGCGUCGCGUGUAAAAGCGCGUGUGAUGCAUUCAACCAACCGCAGUACUGUUGCACAGGCGCGUACCAAACACCGGACACUUGUCAGCCGUCGAUGUACUCCCAGAUCUUCAAGAGAGCGUGCCCACGCGCUUACAGCUACGCGUACGAUGACAAGACGAGCACUUUCACAUGCGCCAGUGCUGAUUACGUCAUCACAUUCUGUCCAUCGCCAAACACGAGCCAGAAGUCAUCCGAGGCACAGAAUUCACCGGCGACGGCUAACCCAUCUUCCGGUGGCGACGGUGCAAUGGUGUACGAAGGCGCAUCUUUGAUCCAAACCGACGCAGCGCCGCCGCGCGUAGCCGGGAUUUCAGCUGUCAGUACGGUGGCGAUUGGGUGGUUAUGGCAGCAGCUGUUCUUCUACUUCUGACCUGCUCUACCGAAAGUCGUAGUACGGCCCAAGCCCAUAACGCGCAUGUAACUGGAUCCACGGCUGGUCGUUACGUGGGCCCAUUGGGCCUCAACCAAGGCCCACAAGGAAUUGAUCCGUUGAUGUUAAAAGCCCACCCGACUCCACCAAAGGCUGACGAAAAUCUGACAAAUAGGCGGGGAAAUAGAGGGAAAGGGCCGGCCAAAUGGGCAAAUAUUGGAUUUAGCUAAAGUUAAGGGUUCAAUUUUUAAUUUUUAAUUUUGGGUGGAUUGAUAAAGAAAGAGAAUGUGAAGAAAUGGUAGUUGGGGAUUCAUUUACACGUAAUUUAGAUAAGGAUAUAAAGUGUUGGGUAAUAAUUCACAUCAUAUGUUAUAAUAUACUAUAUGUUAUAUUGCCUUUUAUUAUAUGAUAUUUCCAUAUAA